GAAUUUAGAUAAAAUUUUAUAAGGAGUUCUUCCACUUCUUGUUUUCAAUUCGAACCAAUUUGUUGCCGAAACGAAUCUACAAAAAAAAAGAGAAAUGUUAGUAUAAUGUUUCUCAAAGAAAAAAAAAAUAGAAAUGUUAGUAUAACGUUUCUCAAACAAAAAAAAAAAAAGAAAUUAAGUUGUUGUCCCGUCAACUUUGCACAGCUUUCAUUCACUUAUAGAAGCCGCCUCACAGUUUUUUGACCAGCUAAGCCACUAUAAAUAUAUUAUUUUAAUACGGAUUGGGCGUUUUUCAAAACAUUUAUUUUUAAUUUCUUAAUUAGUUUCGUGAUAUUAAUAUGGAUAAAGACGUGAAAGAUUCAAACUUUCUAAAAAAAAUUUUCGAAGAAUAUCGCGUUUAUUUAAGUAUAGGUUAUGUUUUUUUUGAGUUCGCUUUAUUUUUGGCUGCUUUCGCAUUACUUGUAAUUAUGACACAUGAAGGAGUGGUUUUAUUUACAAUUGAUGCUAUCAUAAUUUUUAUAAUUGUUAAUAUGUCUGCAAGGAUGGCUAUGGUGUUCGAAUCCUACCACAUUUUCCUUUUAUUUCUUGUCAGCAAUUCCUCUAAAUUUUCUGCAUAUAUUUUACUUUAUCAUUUCGUCAGAAAAUACUUUCACCCCAAUAUCCUUAAGAAUCAAUGGAACAUUCUACCGAGUUUGAACUUCGACUUUAGACCAUUUUUCUUUGGCAUUGUUAUAAUUGAUAUUGUAGUUUCUUUAAUUAUACUUUAUUUAUACUUUGAUGGUAUAACAGAGCGACACAUAGACAUUAAAAUACGCAUUAGAAUCAAUGGAGAUUGUAAAGACCGCGAAAUUGACAAUGGACUCAAUGGAGAUAGUAAAGACCGCGAAAUUUUCAUUAGCAUAGUAGAAAAGAGCGAUAGAGAAGAAAAGGAAACAUUUCUCGAUCAUUUUAAAGUUUACAGAAAAAAAUUUAAUAAAUAUAUUCUCGUAGCUAACAAAGGGAAUGAUAAAUUAAUACUUGGACAUAAAUACUAUAGGAUGAUAUUGCUUUGUAGCCACCUUAAUCUGUUGAUUUGUGAUCUCCUUAUCAUUGAAUGGUGUUUUUGGUGGGCUUUUGAAAUUUAUCAUGUGGAUGAAUGGUUGCUUAUUUAUUCUAUACCUUGGUCAUUGCUGUUACCAACAAUAAAUAUAUUUACGAUGCUUAAAGGAUCGCGAACAGCAUCGAAAAUAUGCCUAUUCCUUCACUAUUUCGUUAGCAUAUUACAAAUAUUAUACUGUUUUUGUAGAAUUUAUAACUAUUAUACACUUGCCAAAGUUAUUCAACCAAAAAUUUUCUAUCUAAUUUUGUUGCUUGGUAUGGCCCUUUUCCUUACAAGUUUGACAUUAAUCCUACCUUGCGCUGCUGCAGUACAUCUGUUUCAAAAUUCUAUAUUUUUCGAGGGCUUAGAGGAGCUGCAAAAACAUAUUAAUUACUCUCCGUCGGAUGAAUAUGAUCCCAAGCAUCCAUAUGAUUUUUCUAAGAACGUCUAUAAAAAGUAUGAAGACGAAAAACGAUGGAUUUGAAUACUUUUUUUUAAGAUCAUUAUGAAAGAAUGUUGAUAUAAUGGAGAUUUAAUAUAACAAUUAAUUAUUGUAUGGAAAAUUGGACAUACCACCAAAUAGUCCAUGUUCAACAGUUUACUUAUCAGUAUAACGAUAUUGAGUAUGAUAUGACUUCCGUUGUAUGUAUGGUAUGGUUAUUUUUAUCUAUACAAUGUAGAU